AUGAUUCAGGAACUCAACGAUGGCGAAUUGGCAGAUCGUGCAAUUACAGCUACCAGCUCGCUCAACGCAAUCCACACCGCUUUAGAAGUUACAGGCAGACACGCAACUGUCGUUAUCUUCGGACUUCCCGGCGAUACAGAUGUAAUGCAGGUUCCUAUCCUUGAUACGAUCCUUAUGGAUAAAACCAUCAGGUUCUCUUGGCUGGCACCUGAUACGUGGGAAGAAGCAGUGCAGCUCAUUUCGAGUGGCGAUGUUAACAUGGACAAAUCAUCAGCCACGAGUUCUCGCUCGAAUCACUCGUUGAAGGAAUAA